AUGGCUGAGGAGGACUACACUGUCGCCGACUCAACUCUGGUCGACAUCUCGGUCUCGUCCGCCAACGGAGGCAAACUCCGCAAAGGCCCGCGGUUCAGCUGGACGCCAGCCUAUGAGGCCACUUUCUUCCGGUCGCUCUGCGAGUCGGUUCAGCUGGGUCUCAAGGACAAUCACAGCUUCAAGCAGGAAGCCUGGGAUCGUGCCGCCAAGGCUCUGCAAAAGCACCACGGGGCCUACCCGAACAAGGGCCAUCUUAUUAACAAAUCGGACAAUGCGCGGAAGAAGUUCCGCCUGUGGCGAGGUCUUCGUGAAGACCCUGACUUCCUCUAUAACCCCACCACGCGCAUGGUAACCGGGACCGAGGAGGCCUGGAAACACCACGUUUCUAAAGAGCCGCUCUCUCGGUCGCUCAAAGGGCGCCCUUUUGACCAUGAGGAUUACAUGGAAAUUCUGUUUCCAGAUGUUGUGGGCUCUGGCGGCGCCCCAAAACGCAUCACCAAGCGGCGUCGCGAGACGAUCGGGGUGCCGGGAUCUGAAGGCGCCGAUGGCAACGCAAAUGACUCCCUCAUGGAUCUCCUUGAUGAUAGCAGCUACGGCGCCGUGGUGCCGCCGCCCAUGUUGUCAUCCGCGCCUCUGGGCAUCGUGCCCCCAAACAUGACACCACAGACACAAUCUCAGCAGCCUCCUCAGCAGCAACCGCCCCAGCACCACCAGCCACAGCAACAGCCGCCACCCAUGCCACCCCAACCACAACAGCACCAACACCGGGUUCAGCAGCAGCAGGGUCCACAGCCGCCACCCCAACAACAACAGCAGCAGCAACAGCCUCUCAUGCACCAGCAACCGCAACAACGACACGGCACUGCAGUCAACAUGCUCAUGGGAGCAUCCACGGCCUCCACAAGCGCUCUCACCCCACCCGACGAGACGCAACCCCCAAAUAAUUCGCGGAAGCGCUUCGUCCCUGACCCGUCAGUGUUCUCGUCUGACAAGCGGCGCCGCACCACGGGCACGCCCACUGCAAAUUUUGCCGAUAUGACGCACCCUGCUCCAGAGACGCAAGCCAACGUGGGUACCAGCGGGGGAUUACCGGUCGCCAGUCAGUCCGGCCCCACGGCAGAUCCCAGCGCACCCAACAUGGCUGGAAUUACUGCCUUGGCUGGCUCAGCCGCGGGGCCGACGGGGCUGGGCCACGGCCUGGUCGAGGACCUGCUGAUCCAGCUUGCCGAGGCGGUCAAGCUUUCACGACCGCUGCGCUGGCCCGAGCAGGCCAUGGAGAUAUUCUUCCGCGACUUUAGCGAAGAGGAGCUGGUGCUCCAGUGCAGCAUCGCCGAAAAGAUGCUCACUGACCCUAACAAGGCCCUCAUGUUCUGCAAGAUGACCCCUGAACUCCGCCGGCAGUGGGUCAAGAGGCUGCGUGACGUGCACACUCGCAUUCCCACGAACUGA